UUUGAGAGGUUUUGCGCAGGGCAAUUGUAUGUUGAAUUGAAGGUCCUUCUUUGUUGCAUGAUUUCUUGUAUUUAUAGCACCCACUCCUUGAGACCGAAUCAAACCCCUAUCUGGAUUAGGAGUCCUUGCCCCAUUCCAACUUUACUUCGAACAACCCUACUCCUAUUAGGACUUUGAACUUACCCCCCUUCAAGGCUUUAUUCAUCGCUGGCCGAGAAUCCUAGUUGCACCAGGACUUCCUCGACCCUCUUUAUUUAUCUGGACUACUCCUUCUUAUGAUAGGACUCGAUCGACCCUGCUAAAUGGCCCGGAAUCCAUCAGGCAGCCCAUAGCAUUUGACACAGCUUUGGGCCGAGCACAACCCUAUGCUCGGCCCAACAAUAUUAUUUCGGGCCCAAACAGUAAUAUAUAGAUUCAAAGAAAAUGAUGUGAUCUACAAAACUCAUUAUGUUGCAACGAACCCAUGCGGAAUUCAAGCGAAUUAUGUCGUUUACCAUCUUUUAUUCGGAUUUUAAUAGUUUAGGAUGUUUUCAUAUUUUUAUAUUUGUUUAUUUUCUUUCUGAUUUGGUUUUCCUUUUUUUCUCUGUUCUUUCCUUUCGCGCUCCUACUGUUGUGCUUUAUUUCAUCGUGUGUCACGAAGAUUGAAGUCGCAACAAAUCUAACCACUAACUCGGAUCAAAUCGUUAUGCAAAUAAUCUUGUACGUGCAAAAGAGAAAUUUUACAAAACAUUGAUUUUUUUUUUUGUUUUUGUUGGAAAAAACACGCAUUGCCAGACUACUAGUCAUUGAAUUGCACAAAAAAAGGAACACAAAUAAAUAAAAGAACAAUAUUUGGAUUUUGGGUCAAGCUGUCAAUUGUCCAAGUCGUCCCUCAUCUUUUUACAAAAAGGAAUGACCUCAAAAUGAAGAAAUUAUUACCUGCGACAUAUUCAAAAUGAAGAAAUUAUUACCUGCGACAUAUUCAAUCUCGUCGUCUUGACCAUAUAGGCAUUAAUUUUCUGGUUGAACUUUCUUUCCGAGUGAAAUUUCUGGGUUCUUUCACAUUCUCCAGUGUUAUUAAAUGCCAGAGAACUUGUGGGUUUGAUUGAGCGCUAUCUCUAGCUCUGGUCAUUUGGCUUCAACUUUAUUAAAACAGUAGAAAUUUUUAAGACCGUUUUGAUGGCUUUCUUAAUACGUGAUACCUUGUUGAGCAAACAACAUCUUGGCAACAUUUUUAUUUGUUGCGUCUUAUUGCUAAGUUGUAGUGUCAGCUUUGGUUUUGAGAGUGAUAUCAGCUGCCUUAAAAGCAUAAAAGCCUCACUUGAAGAUCCUUCAGGCUACUUAAGCUCAUGGGAUUUUAGCAACCACACCGAAGGCUUCAUCUGCAAAUUUCUUGGAAUCGAGUGCUGGAGCGCAAACGAGAGCAAAGUUUUGAAAAUCAAGCUUUCGGAUUUGGGGCUAAAAGGUCACUUUCCUCAGGGCUUAGCUAACUGCUCAUAUUUAAUUGGCCUAGAUCUUUCCGGCAACAAGCUCAGUGGACCUCUUCCUGAAGAUAUUGGUAGAAUCCUACCGUUUAUUAUUUCUCUUGAUCUCUCAUCGAACAGCUUCUCGGGGAAAAUCCCCCGCAGUCUUGCGAAUUGUAGCUAUCUGAAUGUGCUUAAGCUUGAAAACAAUGAGUUCUCGGGUGAAAUUCCUGCACAACUUGGCCAGCUCAAAAGGCUUAACACAUUUAGCGUGGCCAACAAUCUUUUGUCUGGCCAAGUCCCAAACUUCGGUAGCUAUACUGCAAUCACUGCAGAAAGUUACGCAAACAAUGCUGGACUUUGUGGGAAGCCUCUGAAGCGUUGUCAAUCGACUCUAGUUAAGGCUUUGGAGUCAAACAGUGUUGUUAUUGCAGCAGCAGCAGGUUUUGGAUUUGCUUUUCCUUUUUCUUUCUGUUUUUUCCUUCCAAGAGCUCCUAGUGUGCGUCGCUUGUGGGUUUUCUAUCGAGGAUUUAAACUUUGGUAGCCAGUAACCUUUUUCCUUUUAAGUUAUGUUUCAGUGAAAUUAUAUGCAGAGUUGUUGUUCCGGAGCAUUUCAGUGUACCAUGAAAAUCCUCAUGUGAUGUUAUUAUAUUCCUCUCAAAUUAUAUUAUGCAUACGUUGAUCUCUCAUCGAACAGCUUCUCGGGGAAAAUCCCCCGAGUCUUUCGAAUUGUAGCUAUCUGAAUGUGCUUAAGCUUGAAAACAAUGAGUUCUUGGGUGAAAUUCCUGCACAACUUGUCCAGCUCAAAAGGCUUAAUAUAUUUAGUGUGGCCAACAAUCGUCUAUCUGGUCCAGUCCCAAAUUCCGGUGGUUAUGUUCAGUGACGGGACCAGAAAUUUACAACAAUGAGAUCAUAAAAUAGAAGCUUCUAAAAAUUCAUCAAACUUUUACUUAUAAUUGUUAACUUAUAAUUUUUUUUCUACAAAAUAUUCAUUCCAAAUCUAUCAAUCAAUACAAAAACCCUAAAAAUCCUAAUAAACCCAAGAUGAGAAAAAUAUUGACAUGAUUUGGAUUCACUAAUACAACCAAGUGCGAUGAAAGGUGCUUGAAUGAACUUGAACUCCAAGAAAACUUUGAAUUAGGAGAUAUAAAGUCUAAAUGGAAAAGGCAUUUCUGUGUUUGAUAAGUAUUCAAUUUGUUUGAUAAGUCUGCUUAUUUCAUGAUUUGUUGACACAUAAUAUAAUAACGAAGAGAAUGUUGAAAAUCGGUCGAUAAUAUGUCGGAUUCUUUUUGUUGACAAUAAUGAUUAGUCUUUUUUUUUUUUUUUUUCCAGUCGACAAUUAGUUAUUUUACAUAUAUAUAUAUAUAUAUAUAUAUAUAUAUAUAUAUAUAAGCAA